AUGGGGUGGCUAUUUCGGCGGAAGAGCCGCUGGAAGCGAGCCCAUCAGAACGCAUCCGAUAUCGAACAGUUCCGUGGCCGAGCCGAAUCCGCAUUACCACCACGAACUCAGACAUUCCCCGAUGCCAUGAUAUCAGCGUUCCCCUCCAUGUCAGAGCGCCAGGGAAUCAAGAAGCAGCGAAUCGAGCCUAAGAAGCUCCAACGGCGAGCACGAACCUACAGUUUCUCGCCUGGUCGUGAUGACUCCAUCCAGGUGGGCCGCUCCAAGAGCUCCAAGAACAAACGGGCAGCAGGCGCAUCCUUGCCCGCUGCUUCAAGAGUGGCAAAUGAUGGCAACGGAGAACAGCUCGAUGUCGGGUUAGGAGCUGCUGAGGAGGAAAUUUUACGGCGUGUUCCCACGCUUCACAAUAAGCGCGAUGGCGAUCAUUUACCGCGGAAAAAGUCAAGCAAGAAGCAGAAAAGAGAGGUUGACCAUCAGCGUGAGGCUGAAAUCAGGGCCAUGAGCAACUUGAUACCUGUCCGACCCGCUGCUGAGGACUGGAUGGCCGGGCGCCCUAUGAAGAAAGAAAGCCGGAGGGUCAAAUCAGGCAUGGGAAUAGUUCGAGGAUCGGACUGGGAGAAACGAAAUCGGUCUUCAGAAAUAUCCCUUCCAGCACCAGGAUCAAUUGACUCGGCGCUUUCUUCAGAUUCGGAUUUCAUGUCAUUCAGGGUUUCUGCACUAGAGGCCCUAGCACCACGCCCCACAAUACGCUGCACCACACAUCCCAGGCUUACUGGCGACGGCACCGGUCUUGCCAGGAAACCAUCGCAACGACAGAAUGAGAACCGGAAAUCGCCAGCCAACAUCCCCGAGGCUACUCUCAAAGCCCAUAAGCGGGUUGCCAACCUCGCUGAUGACUUGAGUGCUAGCGACCUGCGGGAGCUCAUGGAACGAGAUCAACGAAGAAGAGAAAGAAAACGACAACUUGAACAAGAGAAGAUCGAAGCAAGACUUGCAAAGAGGGCAGAAAAGCAGCGGGCUGCUGAAGCUGCAGCUCAGGCACAGGGGAGAGACUCGCCUCCAAACUUGGAGAGAGGAGUGCUAGGUCGUGAGAUUCCGGAUUUGGGAGCCAAUGCUACUUCUGCUGUUGUUACUUCGACUAGGAUACGGGACUCUCAGGAUCAGCUGAAAGAAGCCCAGGCAAAGCCCCUCAGCACCGACUGUGAUGAUAUUGCCAUUGACGAACCGCGUGUGCCUCCUCUCGCCGCCUUUCACCGAGUUGACAGCAUCCCAUUGCAGACACCCGAACUACCACAGGCGCCGAAGGAAGAGCCUCUACCCCCACUAGCAAGCCCAAGAUCUCGAAGCUCCUUCCUGCAUGCUAAAUUGCGGCGUUCAAAGUCACCACUCGGCUCAGAAACACGUACCGAAAACACGGAAUCGCUGAAGAAAGGGUCAGAGACGAGUGGUUCUAAAGGCCCACUGUCCUGGGCCUCAUUUUUCAGAUGGGGCAAGAACAGGCGUCACUCUGCAGGCCCGUCGUCUUUCUCGAACACGUCGAGGGACUCUAUGCAAACGUCUCAGAUACCAACCCCGCCACCUAAUUUCAUACCGCGACGGGUCAGCUCAGGAGUACCGAAACGAACCAUGUCUCGGUUCCGCGAAGACUUACCAGAGUCUCCAAUGUCACCACCGGACUCGAGAAUCCAAUCGCCAGAAGUUGACGUGAUCCCCCCCAUCGCCGAAACUUCACCUGAUCUCCCACAGCCCGAUGAGGAUCCAGAUCAGUUACCAACGCCUCCCGCCGAACGAUAUGAUACUCCCAUGACGGACCCCCGGUCACUUGAAGAUAUGCGCAACACCCCGUCUACAGUCAACCACCCGGAUGAGCCUGCUGGUGUCUCGCCUGAACCUCAGGCCAUGUCGCUAGCAUCCAUUGACUCUGAGGCUUCCUGGUUCUCAGGGGGAGCGUUGGCUAAAAAGCGGAAGUCGUCGAGUGUCAUGAAACGCGGCUCCCAUGCGCAGCUACAGCGAUACACACCCGAAUCUGACAGUGGGCGCUUACAAGAAAACGAUCACGCCAACGAGGACAUGGAAAUCACGGAGGACGAUUACUUGGCACGCCUUACCCCGUUGCAAAGCGAGAGGCCUGGUUGGAAUAGAAAGUCAACCGGCGAAGCAAGGCCGUCGAGCGAUUGGGAAGAGGAAGCCCACUGGGGCAGUGUCGGCCAGCAGCCCACUCUUGUCCAUUCUCAUACAGUUGGCAGGAUGAAGAGUCGGGAGGGUCUCCUCAAUAAUUUUGAUGAGGAUGCGGCAAGCACCCAUGAAGCAGAGGUACUCGGCGCUGAAAGUCCAGUUGACGAAGGCAACGGGCUGCAACGAGCUACAAGCAUCAACCUCGGCAACGGCCAUGCAAGGCACAUCAGUGCCGGGAGCGCGAGGCUGCUCUCCAUAACACCCCGCUCAUCAGUGGAUGGUAGGCGCACAAGCCUGACGCUGAAGCGCAUGAGCUCUUGA